CAGGCAUGGUGGUGGAGCGGGGAGGGGCGUUUUUUUAAAAAAUAUAUCUCCACACAGUGCACCUGCCUGGGUACCCGGCUUACACCUCCCUAUCCCGAUAGAGAAUAAAGUGGCAGAAGUUACUUAUUGAGGCCAACAGGGUGAAGACUGUGGGUACAGAUUUCCUUAACCUGUGAAAUCCUGUUCGACCUCCAAACUGGCGAUGUCAAGGGUACCGAGUCCACCUCCUCCGGCAGAAAUGUCAAGUGGACCUGUUGCUGAGAGCUGGUGUUACACUCAAAUUAAAGUGGUCAAAUUCUCCUACAUGUGGACCAUCAACAACUUCAGUUUUUGCCGGGAGGAAAUGGGCGAGGUCAUCAAAAGUUCAACCUUUUCAUCGGGAGCUAACGAUAAAUUGAAAUGGUGUUUGCGUGUGAACCCAAAGGGCUUGGACGAAGAGAGUAAAGAUUACCUUUCGCUCUACCUGUUGUUGGUCAGCUGUCCAAAGAGUGAAGUCAGAGCCAAAUUCAAGUUCUCCAUCUUGAAUGCAAAAGGGGAGGAAACGAAAGCAAUGGAGAGCCAGCGAGCCUAUCGGUUUGUGCAAGGCAAAGACUGGGGCUUCAAGAAGUUUAUUAGGAGAGAUUUUCUCUUGGAUGAGGCCAACGGACUCCUUCCAGAUGAUAAGCUCACUCUCUUCUGUGAGGUGAGUGUAGUGCAAGACUCUGUCAAUAUCUCCGGCCAGAACUCCAUGAACAUGGUGAAGGUACCUGAAUGCCGCUUGGCUGAUGAGUUGGGAGGCCUCUGGGAAAACUCUCGCUUCACAGACUGCUGCCUGUGUGUGGCAGGCCAGGAGUUCCAGGCUCACAAAGCCAUAUUAGCAGCACGUUCUCCGGUUUUUAGUGCUAUGUUUGAACACGAGAUGGAGGAAAGUAAAAAGAAUCGAGUCGAAAUCAAUGAUGUGGAGCCAGAAGUUUUUAAAGAAAUGAUGUGCUUCAUUUAUACGGGGAAGGCACCCAACCUUGACAAAAUGGCGGACGAUUUACUUGCAGCUGCUGACAAGUAUGCGCUGGAGCGUUUGAAGGUGAUGUGUGAGGAUGCUCUGUGUAGCAACCUGUCUGUGGAAAAUGCAGCAGAGAUUCUCAUCCUGGCUGAUCUACACAGUGCUGACCAGCUAAAAACUCAGGCAGUCGACUUCAUCAACUACCAUGCUUCAGAUGUCAUGGAGACUUCAGGCUGGAAGUCAAUGGUCGUGUCCCACCCUCACCUGGUGGCAGAGGCGUAUCGUUCACUGGCCUCCGCGCAGUGCCCCUUUCUGGGACCGCCACGCAAACGGCUGAAGCAGUCCUAAGGCUCGGACCUCGCAUCGCACAACCCCGCGUGUGUGUGUUUGUGGUUUUUUUUUUAAAAUGGAAAUAGCGACAGGAACAGUUGCUUCUCCGACCUUGACAACCAGGUAGACAAUGCAACCUGUGGAGCUUUUUACUCUGUUGUGGGGAGGGUGGGACCGGGGGUGGGUGGGAUAAACAGACUGCUUUGGGACAUGUAGACUUUUAAACAAAAAAGGAAAAAAAAAACAGCACCAAGUAAACUUGGGGGCAAAUGGGGGAGGGAUGGACUUUGGGUAAAGGGGGGCUGUUCAACCUAAUAUAUCCCUGUUGCUGCGUUGUCUGUGUGUUUCCCUUUGACUUGGCUGAGUAAAGAACUCAAGGGGGUUGGCCAGGUGCCGCCCCGAGACAAGCAUCCAAAUGAUGACAUGGAAUUUUAAGGAAAACAAAACAAAAAAGAGACAGCCAACUGCCUCUGCAUCUGACGGCUGCAGACCAAGAAGCAAGGCGUGCUUGGAGCAAAGAUGGCCCUCUCAUUGUUUUGGAAACGAUUAUGUGAGAGAAGGGUGGCGGCAGAUACGCCGAUGGAAUGGAGCUCACGGACGGGAGCAUCCCCGGGGAUUUUCUGUUGAGAGACUUCCGAGAUGGAGAGACUGUCUCCCUGUGCCGAAAUUCCUGUGUUUGCCACGCAGCCACGAGGUGACUGUUCUCUCCCAGUAGCACUUGUAUACAUGACUUGCGGGGGGUGGGGAGAGAGAACUUCUUUCUCUGUCUCUUUCUCUCUAAAAAAAAUGGCUACUUUUUAGAGGUGAAGAGGAGGACUGUGUGAGGCCAAUACUGCCUGGAAGACGUGGACGGGAUGGAGGCAGCCACUAGUGGCAUUCAGGAGCUGUUGCGAUUUAUUCUUGACUUGGAAUCAGCUAUCCAAGAACAAUGGCUACUUGUUUAGAUAUCGUGGGAAUUUUGUUCUUCUGGUAUCUCCCCCCCCCUCCCCCCGUUUUAGUUUUGUUUCCUCCUGUGAUUCCUUCACACCCUCUGAAUUUUCCGUUUCUUUAAAAAAAAAAAAAGAGAGAAAUAUUAUUGUUCAUGAACACUGUGUCAAAGGUUUUUCUUUUUUGUCUUGAGUUGGUGAAACGAUUCUUAGUGAGUGUUUGUAUUAAGUUUGCUGAUGUGUAGAAGACCUGACCCUGUUCUGUUUUCAACCCGUUUUCUUUUACAGGAAUGACAUUCCAAAGUAGCUGGUAAACUUUCUCCCCCCCUCCCCCU